AUGUCCACCCCCAUCGGCGUAGCCAUUAUCGGCAGCGGUAUCUUCGCCAAAGAAGAACACCUGCCCAUCCUAUCCACCUCCCCCCUCUUCACCCUCAAAGCCAUCUACUCCCGGAGCCUCAAAUCCGCAGAGUCCCUCAUCUCAGGGAACAAGGGAGAUGAUGUCGUGAUGAAGAACGUGGAAUUAUAUUCCGAGGAUUCCGAAGCAGGUAGACGGUUUCAGGAUCUCCUCGACAGGGAGGAUGUGCGGGCUGUUGUUAUUGCUCUCCCCAUCCCCGCCCAACCAAGCUACAUCCGCGCAGCUCUACAAGCGGGCAAGCACGUCCUAAGCGAGAAGCCCAUCGCGGGAGAUCUUAACACCGCCCGGGCUCUCCUCUCAGAGUACCAGGCUCUCGCGACGAAGCCGCUCUGGGGCGUAGCGGAGAACUGGCGCUUCUUGGGGAAGUUCACCCGGGUAGCUGAGGAAGUUCGGAAGUUGGGGAGUGUGAGGGCUUUUAGGGUUGGUGUGAGGACGUUGAUUGGGGAGGGGUCGAAGUAUCAUCAAACCGAAUGGCGUCGCAAACCCACAUACAAGGGCGGUUUUGUCCUCGAUGGAGGGGUCCACGCCAUUGCUGGAUUGAGACUCAUUCUUGGUAAAGAGGACGCUAUGGCGGCUGUGUCGGCUAUGAUGGGAUUGCAGAGGGAGCAUCUGGCGCCGGUGGAUACGCUCGAUGCGGUGGUCAAGACUAAGUCUGGGGCGAAUGGGGUGGUGUCGUUGUCGUAUGGGGCUGCUGUGAAUGAGACGGUCUUUGAGUUUAGUUGUGAGCGGGGUGUGGUCAAGUUGGAUCGGGAUACGGUGACGGUUAGUGGUGGGGAGUCGUUUGAGGUGCCGUAUGAGGGACGCGGGGUGAAUUAUGAGGUGGCUGCGUUUGGGGAGUCGAUAUUGAAGGGACAGUUGGAGGAGAGGCUGCGGCCGGAGGAGGCUUUGGCUGAUUUGGAGGUUAUGGAGGGAAUGUUUGUGAGUGAGGGUGGGAAGGUGCUGUUGGAUUUGCAGUGA